AGUUCUUUUACAUUCUAUAUUUCCAUUUUCUUAUUCAUUUUAUAUUUUAUAGUUUUUUGAAAAUUUUUUCAAUAUACAUAUCAAAAUAAAAUAAAAGUAUUAAAUUUUAUUUGUUUAAUAUUUAAAACAUUACUAAGUAAUGCUUUCAAUUUUAUUGCAAUUAUUGUUCGUAUAUUUACAAAAUAAUCCAAUUUUCAUAAUAUUAUAAUUUUGUAAUAUAUAUAAAUUCAUUCUGAAGGAAUAUUUAUUCGUAUAGUUAUAGAAAAAAUUAUUGUUGUUCAUGUGAUUAGUUUAGUUUUUCUUAUAAUAAGAAAUAUAUCAGAUUUGAUAAUAAUGACUCAACAAUAGUUAAAUUACUACUUUCAAGUUACUACUUUCACUUCAUGCACUUGUUCGGUUAAUGCCAGUUUUUAAAAAAUUUUGGCAAUUCUGCAGUAUAAUAUUAUUUAAAAUAUUAUGCAAUUUUAAAAUAUUAAACAUAUCUAUUAUUAAGUGUAUAUAUUACUGAUAAGCUAUCCUUUUUAUAAAUUUCAGACUGUCUUUAUUAAAUUAUUAACAUUUUUUUUUAUAAUUCACAAACAUUUCUAAAUAUUCAAAAAACAAUUAUCUAUAAAUUACUUUAAUAAAAAAUGUUUUAUUUAAAAAAAAUAUAAGAUAUAAAUAUUUUUGAAUAGUGAAAAUAAUUUUUUAAAAAGAAAAAUCAAAUUCGGUUCAAAGAGUUUAUUAAAAGUUUAUUAAUAGAAAAUUAAAAAAUUGUCCUUUUUUAUGUUGUAACAUCUUAUAACAUCUAAUAUUUUAUUUUGUAUUGAGUUGAUAAUUAAUUAUGACUUAAAAAUAAUAUGAAGGCUCUCAAAAUUUAGUUUUAGAUUUAGCGCUAAUUUGAAUUUAACCGCCUUGUAGAGUAUGCGCGGUAGACGGUAAGGGUUGAAACGUCGUUAGCGCUGGUGGUGCGCUAGUGGUUGCGCGCGCACUUCGAGUCACGUUUUCUAUCACAAGAAGCGUUCAGUUGCUGUUGCGUGGCCGCGUGAUUCGCAGUUUUUAAAGUUCUCGUUCGAAAAAGUUUUUUAGUUUUGGUGAUUACUUGGCAGUGUGCAUUUACUUGGUUCUAAUACAAAAAAAUGAUAGAAGCGUCGUGUGUCAAAACGAUAAUUCAAUAACAAUGACAAAACGAUAAUAAUAACUGUGGAAUUUAUAUAAAAUUGUUCGAUAACGAUCAUAAAUGGUUUACAGUAAAAGUGACAGUUUAAAGACAUUCCAAUUCCAAUCAUUUCAAAUUUAAUGAUAUCUGUUAACGAAAUCUUUUAUUAUAUAAUGUUGCAUUAUAAUAUUAUGGUAAUUUAUCCAUAAAAAUAAUAUUGGUACGAAGCAACUGAAGAUUUGCUAUAUACAAACAUUGGUUCUGAAUAAAUAAGAGAAAAGUAAAAGAACAAGAAAAUUUAUUAAUAAACUGAAAUUAAUAAUAUACCAAUGAAAAUAUAUUAUAAAAACAUUUAUUAGUUUUUUCAAACCGUUUAAAAAGUUUCGAUUGGUGAGAAUUGAACGAUUAUGGAUCGAUUAAAUCCGUUCGAUUAAUCGUAUCGUGAGUAAAAGCGCGGUGAAUGAUUAUAAACUUCAGUUUUUGUGCACGCUUCAUCAGCUGAUUGUCGUGUCCUUGAGACUAUCAUAUUUCGUUAAAAAUGGACGUGCAAACAGAGUCUCGAUUCUUUGCACGCACGCCUCACAUUCACUGGAUAUUUAAGUGACCUGCUUCAGGAUUGCAAACGAUGCCCGCGAACGCGACAGCAGGCAGCACACUUCCGGACGAGGAAAUCCAUCGUAUUAUAAUGGAGAGGGAGCAAGAAUGUUUGCAGCUGGAAGCAAUGAAUUCAACCCCGCCACCAGAGCCAUACUGUCGGUUAACCUUUGAUGGAUGGUCCUGUUGGCCUAAUACUCCAGCAGGAGCCACCGCAUACGUCCCUUGCCCAAAUUUCAUCACUGGUUUCGACGCUUCUUUGAAAGCACAUAAAUAUUGUGAAUUAAAUGGCACUUGGUUUCGACAUCCAGAAUCUGGUCAAGUCUGGAGCAAUUACACAACUUGUGUCAAUUUAAAAGACCUCAGUUGGCAACAAGGAAUUAAUGGACUUUACGAGGCUGGAUAUGCAAUAUCAUUGAUAGCAUUAUUACUUUCAUUAGGUAUUCUAACAUAUUUCCGCUCCCUGAGGUGUGCAAGGAUCACUCUUCAUAUGAACCUGUUCGCCUCUUUUGCUGUAAAUAAUGCUCUAUGGCUGGUGUGGUAUAGAUGCAUCGUAGCGAAUACGGAUUUACUGUUAAACAAUGGGAUGACAUGUCGGCUGUUGCAUAUUAUCCUCCAUUAUUUUCUUCUUACUAAUUACGCAUGGAUGUUAUGCGAAGGUUUUUAUCUACAUACUCUGCUUGUCAGUGCAUUCACAAGCGAACAGAAAUUAGUAAAAUGGUUGAUGAUUCUUGGUUGGCCCGUACCUGCAAUCAUCGUCACGAUUUAUGCCUGUUUAAGAGCAACUAGCAAUGAUCUUACAGACACUGAACAAUGUUGGAUCAAUGAGGGUAAUUACAUGAACGUAUUGGUUUAUCCAGUAUGUGUUUCCACCUUAUUGAAUGUACUUUUUCUCUUCAAUAUCGUUCGAGUUCUAUUAAUGAAGCUAAGAGCUGGUCCUAGCAUUGGUACACAACCUUCGAGAUCUAUGCGUCAAGCAUUUCGGGCAACAUUACUUCUUGUACCUCUUUUGGGUUUACAUUAUCUUGUCAUACCGUUCAGGCCACCGAAAAAUCAUCCUUGGGAGCAUUUCUACGAAGUUCUUUCUGCUAUAACGGCUUCUUUCCAGGGUCUCUGUGUGGCUAUUUUAUUUUGUUUCUGUAACGGUGAGGUGAUAGCACAAUUUAAGAGAAAAUGGGAGGGCUCAGCCUUCUUACGGAAUCGAGCCAAUUCUUGUACAGCCACUACCGUCUCGUUUAUCCGAUCGACCGCAGGUCCAAUGUCAGGAGAGGAAACGGUGUGACUAUCAAUUGUCCACGCGGGAAGUUCUGGACGAAAAACGAGCCGUGGACAAUAAUCAACUGACCAUGCAACUAGUCGCUUCUAUUCCUGUUUUCAAAAGUCACGAUAAUUACACCAAAAUGCUUAUUAAGUUGAUCGAUGUAUCCGAUAGUGAACAAAUGCAGUGUUGAUAAUAUUGAUUGUCGACAAGAAGAAUUUAAGAUUAUUUAUAUCAGGAAAGCAAAACCAUUGAGCAAAGAUCAAAGGCGGUUUCGAGAUCAAAGGCGGUUUCAAGAGAUCAAAGAGUAUAAUUCUGCAGAAAUGUUUUACGAAGAUGUUAUCUAUGAUUUGUUGAAAAUUAAAAAGUGUGUUUUCAUGAGGAAUAAGAUUUUAAUGAAGAAGAGACUGUUUUGAUGAUGAACAUUGUUUGAUUCUGAAAAUGAAAAUAUUGAGAAUUAAUCUAAAA